AGGCCCAACACCCCUCUCUGCAGCACCAUUUCAGUCGUUGAAGUCAAUCGGACCACUUUCAUAAUCUGAUCAUUUGCUUGUAAGUUGCUGGUUCAACAGAAAAAGCAUUACCAUGAAGACUUUGAUGGUUACCGCUGUUUUACUGCUGGUCGGCCUGGCAACAGCUCAACGGUUUUCUACGACCCCAAAAUACUUUGCUCCUCCUGCUGGCGGACCAAAUGUGAACAUCAACGAUCCAAAUGUUAACAUAAAUGACCCUAACUAUGCCCAACCUGGAAACGCAGUAGGAGCUGGCGGCGGACAGUUCUCAUCCUAUAAUCCCAACGGAGCCGGGUCAUACGCAGGCGGUGUGUAUACCCAAGUCCCCGCUCUUGGUGCUGGGGGUCAGUCGAACAGCGCAGAGACCUUAAAUGGUGGAUCACAGGUAGCAAUUGAUGAUAAUGAUGCUUCUGACGUUGAUGCUAAUGGCAGUGCCUUGAACAUCGAUGGUACCGAUGGUGAUUCGGAUGCAAGUAUGGCUAAAGGAGUAAAUACAACUGCAUUGGGUGUCGUUCUCACCAUUGUAAUUGUUCUCGGAAUCUUUGGAGUGGUUGCAGUAAUAUUAAUUCGCCAGAGACGUCAGAAUUCGUCAUAGGUGUUUUCUUUUUUUUAAAAACCAAAUUAAAGACUGAAACACAGGAUAUUUUUUUAUUUUUAUUUUACUGGAAGAUUAUUUUUUACGAAAAACAUAUGAAACAAAGAAAAUAUUUUAUCACUUUGAUUACAGGUAUGAAUUCAUAAAGUAUAUCUUUAAGAGAAUGUGAGUAUUAUAUUUGUCUACCUACGGGCUGGCUCCCCUUAAAGUUUAGUCAUGUGUAAGGUAUUACACUAUAUCCUACUUAUCGGUAGCCGUUUGUGGAUGCCUUCAACUUUAACCAUUUUCAUCAAGGUGUCUAUGUUAAGAAUAAUUAUUGGACUGUACAAAAUGUUGCUUUUAUUAUUAAGAUAACUGAAGAAACACAGGCACACAAGUUGCACUUGUGUGACGCCACACAAAUUGACUCGUCCCAUAUUAUAAUUAUGCAUAGUUCUGUAAUCCAUUUACAUCGUUUGAUAUAACAGGCGUGCAAUAUCCCUUUUUUUGUACCUAAGAUACCCAGAAACGAACUAUUUUGAAUAAAGAACAGUUUGAAAUCGUGAA